GCAGCAUCCCGCCCUCCGCAGGCAGGUAGAGCCUCCCGGGCAGCUCCUGCGCCUCUUCUACUGCACGGUCCUGGUCUGUUCCAAAGAGAUCGCAGCACUCACAGACUUCUCCGAUUACACACUUUAUCAAAAAGAGAAAGAGAGAAGAAGCCAGCAGCUGAGCAUUAUACUCAGCCCCAGGAUCCCCCUGCGCAAUGAACAGCUGAUAAGGUUCUGGGCUGGGAAACCUUCUCACAGUGUCGCCAACCACCCAUUCACCUGACCGGGAUGGCUUUGCCCUCAAACCACUUGCUUGGGUCCUACAUCUAGUGUCAUAUAUUUCAGUGGGAGGUUUAACAUGGAGACCACAUACAAACUAUGGAUUGCACCCGGCUGGUUCCAAGAUGAAACCAGACUGUGAACAAGAAGAUCAGACUCUAGAAAUAGACACAGAUAAACCCACCUGGCUCUCCACUACCCAGUUCACUGUGAGGAAGCCCUGCUUAAAGGGAAUGUCCUAGUUCAUGGCUCCUGUGGAUGCAAAGCUUAAGCACAAGCGGGAAGCCUUCAUCCUUAGAAGGCAGUCCAUGGUGACAGCAAACCAACCCCAAAUGACAGCCUUCCAUGGAACCUUCUGGAAUGUGACUCAUUACCACCAAGGAGUCUUUGAUGGAAGUCUGCUAUGUAUCAUAUAUCUUCAUUACUCCGUAUUCUCUUUCUGUGGGAAGGUAAAUUAUAGGUUACCUAACCAAACUCCUGCAAAACCACACCGCCUAUGCCUGUGACGGGGACCACUUGAAUCUGCGGUGCCCUCGGCAUUCUACAAUAAGUGUCCAAUCGGCAUUUUAUGGGCAAGAUUACCAAAUGUGUAGUUCCCAGCAGCCUGCCUCCCAGAGGGAAGACAGCUUAAACUGUGUGGCACCCACCACCUUGCAGAAGGUGCUGGACGAGUGCCAGAACCAGCGGGCCUGCCACCUCCUGGUCAAUAGCCGUGUCUUUGGACCUGACCUUUGUCCAGGAAGCAGUAAAUACCUCCUGGUCUCCUUUAAAUGCCAACCUAAUGAACUGAAAAACAAAACCGUGUGUGAAGAUCAGGAGCUGAAGCUGCACUGCCAUCAAUCCAAGUUCCUCAACAUCUACUCCGCCACCUACGGCAGGAGGACCCAGGAGAGGGACACCUGCGCCUCCGAAGCCCAGCGGCUGCCCCCCUUCGACUGUGUGUCUUACUCCGCCUUACAAGUACUGUCCAGAAGGUGCUACGGGAAGCAGAGAUGCAAAAUCCCCGUCAACAAUCACCAUUUCGGAAGCCCCUGUCUGCCAGGAGUGAAGAAAUACCUCACAGUUACCUACGCAUGCGUUCCCAAGAACAUUCUUACUGCGAUCGAUCCAGCCAUUGUUAACCUCAAGCCUUCUUUGAAGCAGAAGGACGCUGAACAUGGUAUAAACUUGGACCCAAGUGAGUCAAAAGUUCUGUGGAAAGAUGGAGUUAUUGUUAGCAACUCUCUGGCAGCGUUUGCUUACAUUAGAGCCCACCCUGAGAGAGCCGCCCUUCUGUUUGUGUCCAGUGUCUGCAUUGGCCUGACCCUCACCUUAUGUGCCUUGGUCAUCAGAGUGUCCUGCACCAAAGACUUUCAGGAGCUGCAGCUGGGGAGGGAGCGCCUGGUGCCAGGAGGCGACAGACCUGGGGCGGACAGCGAGGAGGAAGCAGAGGAGGAGGACUCCUCUGACUCGGAGUUCCCAGGGGAGCUGGCGGGGUUCUGCAGGACUUCAUACCCAGCCUACAGCUCCGUAGAGGCUGCAGAGCUGGCAGAGAGGAUUGAGCGCAGGGAGCAGAUCAUUCAGGAAAUAUGGAUGAACAGUGGCUUGGACACGUCCCUCCCGAGGAACAUGAGCCACUUCUACUGAAAACCAUCUGCCUCUCAAUGAGACCACACUUUCUGAAGAGGGAAGGAUCCAAAUGCCCCUCCAGUCCUGUCUCAUUUAUACCUUCUAUGAAGGAGAAUUCUCCAUGGCAUCCAAGACUGGUGAAGCCAGAAAGCCAUCAAAGGGACAUUUCAAAUUGUUUACAGCACCCCAAAAUAAAUUAGGAGGGGAGAAGUUUUUGUGAUCUGUA